UAUUGUUAGUGUUUUUAACAUAAUCAUUUUGGUGCCUGAAAAUGCUUGAAAAUAAUAUGACUUUAAUUCGAAAUUAAAAUUCGAAAGCAUAAACAUGCCUUAUAUAGACAGCGGUGAAGAGUCAUUCGUUAUAAAAAACACACAUUUAUUCAUAAAAGGUACAGAUUUCGAUGUGGAAUUCUGGAAAACGUGUAAUAAAUAGAGUACAUGAUUAAAUUGGGAUCUGUGGAUGGUAUGAAAAUAGGUACUAUUUUGAAAUAGUUCAAUGCCAUUUUAGAUGGUUUUAUCCUUUAUUGGUGUUUCGGUGAGGAAUACUUAAAACGCCCAAAGAUUGCCGAAUGUCAAUUAUAGAAUAUUAAGGAUAAUGUUUUCACUGUAGUAACCCGACUAUCUUUAACAAUGUAUGAAUAUUAUAAACAGUUUCCUACACCCGGAAGCCAGAACUGGCUUAAGGGGUCAGUUGCUGUUAAUAUCACCAAAAGAGGACUGGCACCGUUUGCUUUUAAGGUAUGUGAUGACAUUCGCGUUGAAAAGUUAAAAUUGGCAAUAAAACAACAUUUUCCUGACCUCUGUGGGAAUUGCUCAAUUGUUGAAGCUAUACCAUGUGAUCCGAAAAACAACAUAUGUAAUGCAGGACAAUGCCGUUUUCACAAGGAUCGUGUUUUUCGUCCGUGCCUUAUAGUAAAAUGUAACGAUUAUCGUAACACUGUAACCGACAAAAUCCAGAAAGGUAUCGAUAUAGGUUGCAUCUGCAAUAGCUGCAAAAUAACUGAAAUUGUAUCGUGUAAUCCGAGAAAUAAAGUCUGCAAUUCGGGAAGAUGCAGAUUCCAUAUGGAUCCAAAUACGAAACUAAACAUUCAUACAAGGCGAUGCCCGAAUAACAUUUGUGAUACGCUCCGAAAUGCCAUACAGCAGACACACCGAUUUGGAAAUCCAUCAUGGAAGAACACCGAUGCAAGGAAAUGGUGUGUAAACGCUUGGGAUAUUGCCAAGUGCUUUAUGCCUCCAGAUGGCUACGCAAAUGUGGACAAUGAAAACGACACUGACUUGAACGGGAUAAUAAGUGUCUACAUCAACUCUGACGAAUUUCAACAGUAUUUUACAGCUGACCUGUCCUUUCCGAAGAACAUCUGCGACAAGGUCCGCGAUGUCGGAAAGAAUAUUCGCCAUGCGCCCGGACUGGAAGUUACUGAAGAUGACUUGAAAGUCUGGCUAUCUGAUCUGAAAGCAUUGUUUUCUGACCCAACAUUCAACAAUGACAAUCCCCUUGCAAAAGACGCACUAGACCAAUUGCAACAGCUGGAGAAUGACGAACUUAUCAUAGAGCGCUACGAGGUUGUGGUGGCCAUAAAGGACUCGGUUGAUUACCUGCGAACGCUUCCUGUCCAUUCAAAUCGAGAGACACUUGAACUACAGAGCCGAAUUGAUGACCUGGAAGUGAAGGUGCAAGACAUACUUAAACAAAUGGAACCUUCUGGGAUGGACAGAUUUAAAUCGGAAUUAAAAGGAAACCUUAUAAAGUAUCACCUAGACAACACCUGCACGUACAAGAUUGGCCCCUUCGUUGAAUCUGGAGUGUUCGGACUUGAGGACUUCUAUAUUCCUCCAAAUAUUAGUCGCGUUAUUCUUCAAUCGAGACAGAAAUACAUUAGAUCGGAAGAACCUCUUACGAGUUUGGAACAGAUGUUCAGCUCCAAACGAAUUACUAUUCUUUCUGCAGACGCCGGCGUAGGAAAAACAACGUUUUGUAAGUCUUUAGUUACAUUAUGGUGCGCGGUACAAGAGGGAAAGACCAAUCCAUUAGCGAAGUUUAGUCGCUCUCAAAACGUUUUCAGUGACAUUACAUAUUUAGCUGAGUUUACAUAUUUAUUUUACAUCCAGUUACGGGGGAACAAAUGCGAUAAACUAGAGGAUAUAAUUUUCUCUCAUACAGAAUUAGUUGACACAGAAUUGACAAGGAAUAACAAGGCUUUUUGUAAUUUGUUAUCGAACGAAACCGGUUUGGUAAUUUUAGACGGAUUAGAUGAAUGUGACAUUCCUAUUAUUAGUCCCUUAGCAACAAAUAGAAAGUAUACUGUUCUCAUUACAUCACGUCCUUGGAAACUUGCAAAUAUAGAUAUGCCGAGAACAGGUACAUAUACACAUGCACAGAUUAAAGUUAUUAGCCGGGACGUGUCCGAGCAACUUGUGGAUCAUUUGAAUAAUUGUUUGAACAAGCAUUUUAGCACCUCAUAUAAUAACGGAGAUUUCUUAUCUGCUAUUAAAAAACAACAUUUGGAACCAUUUCUCCAAAAUCCAAUGUUAGCCUCGCAGUUGUUAUGUGUCUAUCACGAGAAACGCAGUCAGAAUAUAACAUGUCUUGUGAAUACAGCCGUGGAUAGUACAUGACCAGACUACGGUACAACGUCAAAAUCUCGUAAAAAGGAUAUGACGUUCUUUGGUAAGACAAGGUCGCAUAUAUACGCAAAUAUGAUAGAACUGAUGUUUCGAAGUGUCGAAAAAAAGGACAAAUCACUCGUACAAGGUCUGAGUGAGCUAUAUAAGAGCGAUGAUCGAACACAUACCCUCCCCGAAUGCUUUGAUGAUAGAAAUUACACAUGCAGUGGAUUAGCAGUACUAAUUAACGGUAUUGGAAAAUUGGCAGCCUAUUCACUCGUAGACGAUGAUAACUCUUUAAUAGAAGAACACCAAAUGCGAAUAUUGAAGAAUGAGGAAAAGACGGUUCUUCUCAAAUCUGGAAUUCUCUCGAUAACAAGCUUAAAAACGUUAUCAGGAGAAAGCAUGCUGUACACAUUUUUACAUCAAACUUAUAAAGAGAUGCUUGCCUGUGUAUUUCUCUCUUCUCUGGAUUUUCAUAAUAAUUUAUGGAAAAUGUUUAUAAACAGAUUUGAAUCUGUUAUGACACCCGAUAUAUUGUCAUUUUUAUGUGUCAUGAACUACGAACAAGGUUGCAAGUGUUUAGAUAUGUUUAAUGAAAAGAAACGGUUGUUUUUUAGAGGCGACAUAUUUCACGAUUCCGAACUCAGAGACUAUCAAUCUACAAUUAAAAUGACCUACAAGGAAUGUUGCGACAAUGGAAUAAAAAAGCCUCGAAUUACAUUGAAACACGCACAGAUCGGCUCAGAUUUAGGAAUUGACACUGAUCAUGCACUUUUGCAAGGAAACAGUAUUAAGUUGGAAACAAUUUUCAUAAAAAAGUAUACGCUUUCCAUAGCAAAUAUUUCAAACUUAUUCCAAACUUCAUUGACGCAUUUAUGGCUAAACGAAGCUACGUUAAACGACGAUGACCACAUCGUCCUAUCGAAAUGUGCACAUCUCUCUAAAAUAGUUAUAACAGACAGCCGCCUUACACACGUCACCAUCAACCCGUCUUCCAUAGAGGAGUUCUGGGUUUACUUGAAGCCAGAACUGAUACAAGAGAUACCGCCCAUGCAGGUAUCCUUUGUUGGCGGGUCGCAGUUCUCUAACAGUCUACGAAAACUCAGUU